AACGAAGGAAGAAUGCAAACAAUUUCUAGACUUAUCCUCUUCGAGAAAGCACCGUUCUUGGUGCUCCUAGAAAUAGAAUAUUAAUCUUUACCUGCUUGGUUAGCGGUGCCAGGAACACACCAGAACUAGAAGCAAUAUCUUCCAGGAUUAAUCAGCCAGUUUGGAUCGGAAAGAAUAUUGAAGCAUGAGUGGAUGAUUUGAAAUUGAAAUUACUGCAGCAAUGGCCAAAGUAAACGGAGAAUAUUCAUUAUUUCCAAGAGAAAUGUGGAAAGGAUACUGGUUGUGUUAAUUGGGUUAUCUUUAUUCUCAACCAUUUGUCUUUUUCACAAAUCAACACUACCCGUGUCCUCAGCCUUCUCCUUCUGACUCCUUUUUGGUUUGAGUAUGGAUAAAAGUCCUCUCCAUUCAAUCCCACGAUCAGCAUAUACUCUUUUUUGGCCUAAUAUUCACUAUCAAAAAAUAGUAAUGUCUGAGUCUGUAUCCGAGUAAAAUAAGCCACAACGUUAAAAGUAAAGCCAAUACAACAAAAAUCAACCAGGUGGCGCAUCCUUCUCCAGUAUGUGCACCAAAGAGGAUAGGAGUGCAAGGAGCCAAGCUAGCAAUGCACUUCCCCUCUUUUGAACAGGGGGUGCAACCCAGUGGCCUGCAGCUUUUGAUCAAGUAUUACCAUGAAAUGAACAUAGUGCUAGAAGGAUAAAAAAUUUUAAUCGAACUUCAGAAAAGACACUAGAAAGGCAGGGAAAUAACUACUUUACCCUAGUCUUUUACCAAAGAAAAACUAGCUAAAUUUGCAGGGAAAAUACCUUCUAGUGUUACCUCCAUAAAAGUUGAAUGUUAGUUAACAAAAUGAGGAGCAUACGUACAAGACCCCUUGCCUUGUGACCAUCAGCUGCUACUAUCUAGUAGUAUCAUUUAGAUAAAUAGUUAUUAGUUGCUACAAUGUAAUUUGAAAUGAAUAAUAAAGAUUUCAUAGAAGUAUUUCAUCAGACACAUUCAAUGAUGACAACUUGUCCAAUAAAUGAAAUCAUCUUGUGAAAAUAGCCACGAUAUACGAAAUUAAAUGCAGAAUAGAUGCAACUUAGUUCCAUCCAUCUCUGUUAAUGGAAAUUAAAAGUAUAAUUGAGUAAUGGUGGAGAGAUUUACAACUUUUUCCGGAAAUUUCGAACAAAUGAAAAUCAUCCCUAAUACCAAGCAGCGUUGUUUCCAUAACAUUGUUAUUUCCAAUUUCCAUACUUAAGUUGCUGCUGAGGAAAUUACCAUCUUGGAAAAUGCAACUGCCAAUUUGUUGUGCUCAGCUAGCAAGCUCUGUAUGACAGAAUUUGGAAAGUAAAACAUGAAAUAGAGGAAUGGUUACAAACAGUCCAGAUCCAGGUCCAGGUCCAGGUCCAGGUCCAGGUCCAAUCUUUGAUCAGAAACCUUAGUGGUGGUAGACUGAUUCCCCAGUAAAGUUACCAAAAUUUGGAAAUUAUAAAUCACGUUUUACCUG